GGCGCCCCGACGCCCACCUCUCCUCCCUCAUCGUCUGACCCCCGCGCCUGUUUCCUCCGCCGUCGCGCAACUCUCGCCCGCACGCGAACAUGGCGCCCGACCGACGCGAGUACCAGCACUUCAUCCCGCAGUUCCUACUGCGGAACUUCGCGCACCCGUACGUGUACCGCGACGCGGGGGGCGGCGGGGGCGGGGGGCGUAAGCGGGGCCGUAAGCGGCGCUACGAGCAGAACAAGUACCCGGGCAGCGCGGUGGUGAACUGCCUGGCGCUGUCGGAGGGGGGCUUCGCGGCGGACGAGGCGGCGGUCAGCCGCGUGUGCGGCAAGUACGACAUGUACACGCAGGCGGCGGCGGCAGCGGACCGGCGGCGGCUCGAGACCAAGUUCGGCGGGCUCGAGGGGAAGGCGAGCGCGCUGUACCGGCGGAUCGUGGCGGCGCACGCGGCGCAGCGCGCCGACGUCGGCAUGACCCGCGCCGAGAAGGACCUGCUGCGCAAGUUCUUCUUCCUGCUCAAGUUCCGCGGCGGCCAGUUCUACCAGAAGUACCACGCCAGCACCGCCGUCGACGACUACGACGACGACGACAGGGAGCUCAUGGCGCACUACAUGCGGCGCAAGGGGUUUACCCGGCCCAUCGACGUCUGGUACGAGUCCCUCGAGGCCAUCAUCGACGUCGAGAUGGACGCGGACCGCGUCUGGGAGCGGCACCUCCAGACCAGCAUCUACUUCUCCCACGCCCAGUUCUUCAUCGACGAAGUAGGCUCCGCCUACAUGACAAUAUGCACGCCAGAGAGCCCGCGCUCCGAGUUUAUCCUUUCGGAGAAUAGCUACAACGUUUGCGAAGGGCCGACGAUCCGGUUUCAAGACAAGGACACCGGCAAGUACUCGAGUUCGUGUCCGCGCUGCCACGAAUUCUCGCCUGUAUCUCCGCGGCUCAUGGUGGUUAUGCGAUCCCAGUAUCUUCCCGAGCCUACUGAUGAUUCUAUUCCCGACGUAGGUGUGAGGAUGCAGAAACAAUUUAUGCGACAAGCCUUUUUUGGUCCUGGAAAGUCCUUAUUGGAAGAUCUCCCCGUGCGCAAGGCAACCUGCAACUAUCAAAGGAUGAGCAAUACGAGACGGAUAUACCCUUCUGGGUGGAAACCACCGUACGACAAGAAUGACAGGUUCUCCUUUCCUAUCUUCAGAAUAUCUGACCAUCACGUGCGGGUCGUCAACGGUCUUUUGCUUGACCACGCCUUCCACGGUACGAGCAUCGUCUUUAAUAAGGAGGACACGUUCCUAGACACGUUGGAAUGGUUCUUGACAGAGCCCUGUGUAGUAGGGAAGAACCUAGGCGGAGAGGACCAGGUUCGACAGCAGCGAUACCUCUCCGACUUGGGCAAGUUCAUGGGCACCAAAGGCAGGGUCGUGCAGCCGAUAUGGAACCUGAGUGGGGAGCAGGAGAUCGCAGGCACAGAGGCAUCUCGCGUGAGGAACCUGGCCUGUGCCAGGCUUUACGAACAAAUGAUGGCACACGGUCAGGACGCCCUCGUCGAUCGCAAGCAUUAUGAGAGACUAGGCGGAACGGCGCAGACGUGGGAUGAAGAUUCCGAGCAAGUGUCCUUGAUGCUUUCCUUGUGGCGCGCCGUCGAUCACCACAGUGGCUACCUCUCCGGUACUGUCCGACGAAGGAACAGCAUUCUCAUCAUGGAUGCAUACAAGCGGCUUCCUUGUCAGCGAUUUUGGCUGUACUUGAAAGCAGUCAGAUACACCCUGACCACACCCUUGCAACGUUGGGUGCAGUAUGAUCUUGCCUCAUUCAGGCGUCCGGUCAACGUGGAAGCUAUGAGCCAGGAAGGGCCCGAAGAUAUACUCACCCACGGUUAGUCGAUUCGCCAGGAGUCACGGCAUCGCCCGAAAGCUGACGCGGACACCUAACAGCUUACCCUUUGGUAAAGGGACACGAGUUGAACACUGCCAUGUAUGACACUUUCGAAGGGCAGAUUGCUAAAAUGGACGGCCCCGACGGCAUGUUUCUCAGAAUGUUUCUCAUCCUACCC